AUGGAUAACUUCAAGAACUUUGGCAAAAGCCUUAGUGGCUUUGGGGCCCAGAUCACCCCAUUCGCAUCCCGUACCUUCCAGUACACCAAAGAGCAGCUAGGCCAGGCUGAUGAUAAGACCCAACUCCCUCCCGACUACAUCGACCUUGAAAAGCGCGUGGAUGCUCUCAAGCAGGUCCACCAGAAGAUGCUGGCUGUGACCAACCAGUACUCUUCCGAGGCCUACGACUACCCACGCAACAUCAACGAAACGUUCCAAGACCUCGGUCGUACAGUGAGCGAGAAGGUCCAGCUGCUAUCAACUGCCAGCUCCCCGGCCGAGGCCCAGGCUGCCCUGACCGCCCCUCCCUCUGCGAAGCCUCAGCCCAAGACCUUCGCCCACGCCAUCGCCCGCGCCUCUCUGGCUAGCAGCCAGCUCCUGCACCAGCAGCACACCGCCGCCGGCGAGGACCCACUGGCGACCGCCCUCGAGAAGUUUGCCCUGGCUGAGGAGCGCGUCGGCGAGGCCAGGCUGGCCCAGGAUGCCCAGAUUCAGAGUCGGUACCUGGCUGGCUGGAACACCACCCUAAACACCAACAUCAUGUUCGCCACCCGCGCGCGCAAGGGCGUCGAGAAGGCCCGCCUGACUCUGGACGCGGCCAAGACCAAGGCCAAGGGCGCCACCUGGAAGCUCCCCGUGCCGGCCGUCGCGGCCGCCCAGAGCCCGCGCGAGGGUGCACACGAGGAGGAGAUCAGCCCCGAGGCGCAGGAGGAAAUCGAGAAAGCCGAGGAUGAGUUCGUGACGCAGACCGAAGAGGCCGUCGGAGUGAUGAAGAAUGUUCUUGAUACCCCUGAGCCUCUCCGCAACCUUGCCGAGCUCAUCUCGGCCCAGAUGGAGUACCACAAGAAGGCCUAUGAGAUCCUGAGCGAGCUUGCACCUACUAUCGAGGGUCUGCAGGUGGAGCAGGAGGCCAACUACCGGAAGAGCCGUGAGAGCACCUCCUAG